UCUCGGCCAUUUUUGUUGCGUCAACGUCAAGAGUGCGGCCAGGGGCCUCUCGUGCUUUCCUAGCAGUCACGCCAGUUGCCUCCGGGAUUCCUCCGUAUCGUGGUGCAGCGAGAGAAAGACUGUUCGGCACGCGCCGUUUUUCUUCGCUAAACUGACAAAGGAUCGUUCGAAUCGCGAGGCGAAUAACGAAACUAUCGUCUGACGAGGCGUAUAUAUCAAUCGCGAGACGACAAAGCAGAGGGACAAAAGAGGGACAGGAGACAGAGAAAGGAAGACAGAAAGAGACAGCGCGUUAAGGACGCGUUGGGAAUUUUUUUCGGCACGAGUGUGUGUGUGAGAGAGAGAAAGAGAAAAAACGAGCUAAAAGGGCUUCAAGCGACAGAGCUGCGAAAACUACGCACCGAGGCGGAGUAAUAUGAGUAAUGCAGCCAACCAGAAUGGAUCAGGUCUAGAGCAGCAAUUAGCUGGUCUGGACUUGCAGGGCUCCCGCCAACCAAGUGGGGGCCGCUACGUCCCACCGCAUCUUCGUCAUAAAGCUGCGAGUAAUCUACCCUCGGAUUUAAAUUACUCUUCUAACUCAAGAUCGUUUGGUGACAGAGGGGGAGAUCGAGAUCGCGAUCGAGAAAGAGACCGUGAUCGAGAUAGGGGUAGGGCCGGUUAUCGAGACUCGCGGAGUCCUCGCGAUAUCGAUUUUGCAAACUUCGGGAGCUUUGGCGGGCGCAAUAGGCGCAAUCAGGAAAAUGGAAGAGAUUAUAGAUACUCCAAUUCCGAACGCGAUCGACCAAUUAGCGGCAACGAUCGUUGGCAGGAGCCUAUUAGAAAUGAUCGCUGGCAAGACAACAGAAAUGACAGGAUGGGUAGCAGCGGUAGAUGGGGCGACGAUAGAGGCGGCCGAGGCGGAAGAGGUGAGGUCGACUGGACAAUCCCCACUGCCAGGGAUGAGCGACUGGAGCUGGAACUGUUUGGUUCUGGCAAUACUGGCAUCAAUUUUAGCAAAUAUGAGGAUAUCCCAGUUGAGGCUACCGGAGAGAAUAUCCCACCACACAUCACAUCUUUUGACGAGGUUAAGCUGACAGAGAUAAUAAAGAAUAGUAUCGCCUUGGCAGGAUACGAUAAGCCUACACCGGUACAGAAGUAUGCGAUACCGAUCAUCAUCGAACGCCGUGACGUGAUGGCCUGCGCUCAAACUGGGUCCGGUAAAACAGCGGCCUUCCUAGUGCCAAUACUGAAUCAGAUAUACGAGAGUGGGCCACGACCGCCACCACCACAAGCGAACUCUUCUGGUAGGCGUAAACAGUAUCCGUUAGGUCUGGUGUUGGCCCCUACUAGAGAGCUCGCCACGCAAAUAUAUGACGAAGCGCGGAAGUUUGCAUACCGAUCGCGUAUGCGUCCUGCCGUUGUAUAUGGUGGUUCUAAUAUAGUAGAUCAAAUGCGUGAAUUAGAUCGUGGUUGCCAUCUACUCGUAGCGACACCUGGACGUCUGGUGGACAUGCUAGGACGUGGUAAAAUUGGCUUACACAAUUGCCGAUUCUUAGUUCUAGAUGAAGCAGAUCGUAUGUUAGAUAUGGGUUUUGAACCGCAGAUCAGACGUAUCGUCCAGGAGGAUAACAUGCCACCGACUGGAGAGAGACAGACUCUCAUGUUCUCUGCUACUUUCCCGAAGGAGAUACAAAUGUUAGCCAGAGAUUUUCUCAGUAAUUACAUCUUCUUGGCGGUUGGUCGCGUGGGAUCGACUUCCGAGAAUAUUACACAGAAGAUUGUAUGGGUGGAGGAACAUGACAAACGUUCAUAUUUGCUUGAUUUGCUACAGGCUAGCAACUUUUCAGAUCCUACUGCUGAAUCACUCACCCUAGUGUUCGUGGAAACUAAGAAAGGCGCCGACAUGCUUGAAGAAUACUUGGCCUCAAUGGGAUACCCGGUUACUAGCAUUCAUGGCGAUAGGACUCAACGCGAGCGGGAGGAAGCGUUACGUCGUUUUCGUGCGGGUAAAGCGCCGAUUUUGGUCGCAACUGCAGUGGCGGCUCGUGGUCUCGAUAUACCGCACGUCAAGCAUGUUAUUAAUUUCGAUUUACCUGGCGACGUUGAGGAAUACGUUCAUCGCAUUGGUCGUACUGGUCGUAUGGGCAAUUUAGGUCUGGCUACGUCAUUUUUCAACCAUAAGAAUCACAAUUUGGUACGUGAUUUGGUGUCUCUGCUUAUCGAAGCCAAUCAGGAACUUCCGCCCUGGUUGGAUGACAUGUAUACCGAAGCGAGAUAUUCCGGAGGUGGAUCUCGGCGACCAGGCGGCGGCGGCGGCGGCGGCGGCGGCGGUGGCGGCGGCGGUGGCGGUGGCGGUGGUACCAAGGGGCGCUUCACUGGCGGUGGCUUUGGUGCAAGAGAUUAUCGUCAACAACCCAGUUCUGGAUCUGGUCGCAGCAAUGGACCCUCACGACCUGGUGGUUACGGAGGCGGUUAUUCAAAUUACGGAGGUAACUAUAAUAAUUCAUCGUACAAUAAUUCCACUAACAAUGGCAACAGUGGCCCUGACUGGUGGGGAGCAUGGGACAAGUAGACGAUUAUCUCCAUCUCUAUUUCUACUUCUAUCUCAUUAUUAUUAUUAUUACUCUACACGCAAAUUCAAUUAUAUGUAAGGGAGACACGACAUUUAUUAUGUCUGACACUACACGCACGUGUUUUGCGCGCGUAUACAUGUUACACAUGCGCAGAGUACAGACAGUUUCACGUAUAAUACGUAUUCACGUUUUCGCUGACUGCCUGUGCACUUCGAGUUUUUGGAUGAGAAGCAGAAAGAAUACUUACGUUGUUUAAAUUCCACUAUAUUACAUUUGUUCGUGAGCGCGACAUCGACAAAUCCUGCGUGCAAUCUAAUAUUCGCGCCGGUGGAUCGCCGGAGAAUAUUUCAAACGUGAAUGAUCUCACCAUAAAAAGUGCGAGUAUCGUAAAUAGGAUUUGUUCAACACUUAUUAGUUAAUAGAGAUCCAUCCAACAUUUCGUUGCCGUGCGUGCUGAGAAACACAAGUAGUAUAACCACUAACGAAUCAAAUCAGUAAAAUCGUUAGUUCCUAUUCGAAGGGAAUAACGAUAUAACACAUAGUAGCUGGAAACUUAGUAAAAUUUUUAGAACUCCUGUCGAGAUUAUGGGGCUCAUCGUAACUUUAUUAUUUACAUUUUUUUUUUUUUUAAUAGAGGGUACGGUGGGCGUAUCUUCGGUAAUUGUAGCGUUUAAAGUUUGACUAUCAUAAAACAUUUUAAUGCACAGAUACUUUAUUGCCUUUGCUAUCAUAAUGGCCAGUAGCCAAAGUCGUGCAGUUUUUGUUCAAAUGAAUGGCAUAAUUCUUUAUACAUGUACGUUUAUCGAAUGCCUAGGAUACGCCGAAUUACCGUUGCCAUAGAUUGUAUGAUAAUUCCUUAUUUUUUUUUCUUUAAUUUGCUGUAGUUCAGCGACGAAUGGUACUUUGUUGUUUUGCCGUCCCCAAAGACGAUAUUGCGCCGGCAAUAUUAUAUGGUUUACUCGAAUAAGCCACGUGAAUUUUUCGGGGAUCGAUGGUUCCGAGAGAAAGAAAGAAAGGCAACACAGGCUACGUCUUAAGAUACCUUUAGAAAUCUCACAUUUUGUUAUAGCCUGACAUGUAUAAUGAAUGUGUGUAUGUAUGUGUGCGUGUGUGUAUAUAUAUGAUACACAUACACACACACACACAUAUAUAUAUAUAUACAUAUAUAUAUACACACACAUAUACACACUUGAUAAUUCAGAAAAUUUCAAGACGGCGCUUACGCGAUUUACAACUGGCAAUUAUUUUCAUAAGUUAUUUUCAUAACUUCAGCCGUUACAGUGAGAUCUCGAUAUAUUUUAUAAUACAAUGUUGACAAAAAUUUUCUACAAUAUGUAAUAAUAGAUCUAGAUUUUGUUUAAAAAUACUUGUGUUUUCCAAUAAAAUUAUUUGCGACCUUUGCGCCGUCUUUCUUCCGAAGUUAUAAACAUUUGCAAUAAAAUGAAUAAAUUUUCCUUUGGGAAUAUUUGUAUGAAUAUGGAGAUUUCACUGUAUUCACACGCGGCUAAAUAUGCUUUUAGUGUAAAAGGCAGGUAAACUGUUUAUGUACCUGAGCUUGUGAGUAGUUCUACAGACAGAACUGCAUUGAUCCCACGUAGAAGCGUGCUUCUUGAAUAGCAUUUCUAAACGUAACAGAGACGUUGCCCUGCGAAAUUGGUGUGGCGCUUUAUAAAAAAGAAAUCUUAGUCUGCAGAAUGCGAAUGUGUGAGUGCUCAUGGAAGAUAAAUUAUAUUGAGACAGGUUAAAAAUACGGUUGCAGUUACAGAGGGAUAUUAAAACAAAGAGCAGAAGGAGAGAUGCUUUUGCAUUGAUAUAGUGGGCUCUACUUCAUUAAGAAAAAAGGGAGGGGGAAGGGGAAGAUAGAAAGCAAGCAUAAGCCUCCUGAGGGAGACACACGGGGCGCACUCGAUAUUAUUUUCUAGCUGUAUUUAUCAGUAUGAUAUGCGCGCGUUAUAUAUAUAAAUACAUAACACUAAAAUAAUUGAAAAACGACUGUGAUAUCAAACGAUCUUGUGACAUUCAAUUUCCAUGCGAAUUGAUGAACGAACAAUUAACGGAAUAACAAUAAAUACAAUAAAUGUGUAUUAAUUAAUCGGUAUUGAAUGUCGGGAAGGUAACUAGCUCAGUUGUUUGAGCUGAGAACACGAAUAUUAAGUCGUUAACAGUUAACACACUCAAGACAACGUGGCUGUUGUCCGAUCGGGGAGGGCUGAACGCUAGGCUCUUGUGGUCCUGGGGACCUUUCUAGGGCAUUGUUUCUGCUUAAAGUAACGCGCAUUAACGAUAUAUAGGUGACGCGAGUUCGCGAGUCAUUACCGGUUGAAUGAUGAUGAUAGUAGGAGCUUUAUAGAAUGUCGAUAUCGUUUCGUGCUAACACGUCGGGCGUUCUUGUCUAUCUAAUCUACUACGUGAGGGGAAAAAGUACAAAUUCGAUUUGCGUCACAACCGACAGGAUUUUUAGACAUGUCAUACUUAUACCUGUUAUAUUACUAGAUUUAAUAGUGCAAUUCGCGUGCGUGAAUCGUAUGCCGUGUGAUCGUGGACCAAGGUGUGAAUGCCUCUUUUACGAGGGAAUCGAAUAAUUAUUUCAUCUAGAGCAUUCAAGGGGAGUGGGAGGGUGGGGGAGGGAUAGCAUUUAACGAGGUAAAAUAUCAUUGGCUUCCGACCGUUGGGUGCGAGUGUUCUCAAAUUUUUAAUACGAUUCGUCAUCGAGGCUAUAUCGCGUCAGCUCUCGGAGGCUUUGCCAAGAAUGUUACACACUUAAGGAGAAUUCCUCGUAAAUGGCAACAAUCCACGUGCGCCGUGUCGUCGACGGCAGUCCAUUUCAUCUGUCAUCGAAGACGUGGAUAUUGCCAUAUCCACUUUCGUGUCUAUCAUUUCGCAAGGAAACUUGCGAUCGGUCCCGAGACUGAUGUCGCAUAACGCAGGCUUCUUGCGUCUCCUUUCCUAUUUUAUUUUAUGUUAUUUUAUAAAAAAAUGACGAGAGAAAAGGUAUCAAUAUAGAAUUUCGAUUCCAGAGAAGAAUUGAUUUUCGAACAAUUGUGUAAACGAAUUUAACGUACACGUAGACUCGAUACGAUUAACUCUUGGAUGCAUGAAGAAGAAGGUCUUUGAAGAAGGAGAUUUUCAGACCUUUUCUUUAUCGUAUGUAAUUCCCAAGAGGUAUCUCGCGUUGUCUUUUCAUCAAUAUUCGAUUUAAAAUUGAUCGAAAUCGUCUUUGCACGCUCCUACCGGAAGAGGCCACGCAUCCAAGGGUUAAAAGUUCAAUUGUGCUAUGAUGCGCUAGGCAUUCGCGACGCGUCGAUCGCGUGUUACGCGUUUUAAUCAGUCCUAUGCAUUUCGAAAUGAUACUUUUUGUUUGCAAUUUACAUGGUGGGCAGCGAUGAGAAGUAUAUUCGAAGCGGCGCGAUUUACCGAAUGCUGUUUUCGCAUAAUUGCGUUGUUUUCUAAUUAUAAUUUUCCCUUCAACACGCGCGAUCGCAUCCACGAUCGGUAUCGAUCAUCGAUUGGCAGAACAACUUUCGCUUUGUAUUUUCCGAAAAUCCGAGACACGUGAUGUCAAACUUCAGAAUUAUCGAAUGUUCCUGCAAGGAUAGUCAAAUGUCCACCGUGUAGUAAACUGACAUAUAUGUGUAAAUUAAAUGUACGGUACUAUGAUUUUUUUUUUUUUUUUAUAGUGUAUUAGCAUACUUAGAAGAAAUAGAGAAUGUUAUAACGAUUAUUAUUUAUUGAUCGAUUUAGUAUUUAUUUUCUACGUUUCGGAAGGUAAACAAUAAAUGUAUCUUCUGUACUGUACACGUACUUUUCGUCUCAUGUUUGGUCCUCUGAAGUAUAUCGGACGAGCAGCCUUAGGGGGAAAAAAAGAAACACUUUACGGAUACAAAUAUAAAGAACGGGAUAUAUGAUCAGACGAAAGAUUAAUUUAAAGAGCAUAGUGCGAAGAAAAGCAAAUGACGAAGGUGGAAAAGAAAACAAAAAAUGAGAGAGAAAGAGGAGAAGGGGGCUAACGGGCAUCAGGCAUUAUGGAUGAAUAGGCAUCAAAGGGAAAGAGAGAGAGAGAGAGAGAGAAAGAAAAAGAAAACAGAGGGAAAAGCGGCGUUUGACUGUGACUGCAAUCAUUACCGAAGGAUGAGGGAAAAUCCGCAAAGGAACACGUUGCACAUCGUAUAAAAUGUAAACGCGAAUGCGAUAUACUAUUAACGUCUGGCGACCGAGUCGCGGCGAAUUACGGAGAAAUUGUUCACGUGCAAGUAGUUUUGUAUUUUUUAUUAUUUUAUAUUAAGUGCGCGCGCGCGCGCGUCGAUCGGGAUAUUAAGUGCCCGACGACGCUCGUCGAGAGGAGGACCGGGUGCGCGUGCUGUUCUUCUUGCCAUCUCCCGGAUGAGAGCGUGGACGCUAACGGAGAGAGAACAAGGAAAAAAAAAA